AUGGCGACAAUCAACAUCACAGACACUAAGCCGUCAUUCACCUACGAGCAGGUCUACAAGGUGGAUUUUGAUGCUGCCACUGUGACUAAAAUUGCGGUAGCAGUUCUGUUGUCUCUGUUUUUUGUUUAUAUAAACUGCAUCAUGCUUUUCACGUUAGGGAGCAAGUCCAUGUUCCACGAAACUCCCCGGUACAUUCUGUUUGCCCACAUGCUUCUCAAUGAUUCUAUCCUCCUCUUGGUCACAACUGUAAUGUAUGCCAUGUCUCUUGCCCUUGCAAAUGUAGCCAAAGCCAUCUGUUCACUGUUAGUCUUGAUCUCCACUUGUACUUUCCAGAAUGCUCCUUUGACCCUGGCUCUGAUGUCACUGGAGCGCUAUGUGGCUAUCUGCUUCCCUCUGAGGCAUUGCACUAUCAUCACACCGAAAAGCACAGGCAUCGCUCUAGGAAUCAUUUGGUUCGCCACCUCAAUGAAUAUUUUGACAGACAUCAUGUUUGACUUAGUCACUGAUCCAAGCCUAUUACUUAAGAUCACAUUUUGCACGAGAGAAAAACUUUUUGUGGCCAAGUGGCAGGCUGAUAAGACUCAAGGUUUCGAUCUUCUCUUUUUUGUAUCAGUGACUGUGAUCAUCCUUUUCACUUACAUCAGCAUCAUGAUCACAGCCAGGUCUAUUUCCUCUAAUAAAGAAUCUGCUACAAAAGCCCACAAGACUGUGCUGCUGCACCUCAUUCAGCUGGGCCUGUGCCUCACCUCUUUUCUAUAUGCCACCAUAGAGAGAAUACUUUACAUGAUGACUGGAAGCAGUAGCUCUCUUUUCAUACACUUGCGCUAUCUGAACUUUCUCAUUGUCUUGAUUCUGCCACGCUGCCUGAGCCCGCUCAUCUAUGGUCUCAGAGAUGAUGCAGUGCGACCCUUAUUCAAAUAUUAUUUUUGUUAUAGAACCCACAAAAUAAAACCUGUAGUCAAUGUGGUUUGA